AUGGCUCACGAGUUCAUCGACCUUAAAGGAUUUUUGUUUUUGGUAUUAAUUACAAUACCACAAACGUUAUCAACGAAUAUAGACUGUGGCGGCAAACCUUUCCACUGUCUUAACACCACUCAUUUCAUGAUAUGUGUGGACUUAGGCGGCGGAGUGUCGUCCACUAUUGACGAUUUCAUCAUACCGUGUCCUCCGACAACAGUAUGUGAGAAAAAUAAUCGAUUUGAAUGCGAAUUUCCCAAAAUUGAAGCGUUCACUGCAGACCUCAAUGUUAUUGGUGUUUCUAAUGGAUACGAUAAAAGUGCGAAUGACAAAACAAUACCACCAGAUAAAAGGACUACCGUAUUGCCAUUGCCAGAAAAAGCAACCGUGACAGAAUUGCCCACGAAAGAUAAAUCAAUGUCCAGUUUUAAUAGUGAAAUAUUAGAACAUUUGAAAGACGAAUUUACAGGGGGCAAUGAAAAGUUUUUUGAUGAAGAUAUUAUUCCACUAUAUAGCGUAGUAAGUUUAACAAAUAAAACUGAUGAAACAAGUUUUGUUAGUCCUGACAUAGAAAAAUUAAUUACUACAACUGAUAAAUAUUCUCACACCAGUGCGAAUACCUCAACUAAUGGGGUAGUGAGUGCUUCUCGAACAGAUAUACCGACAUUAAAAGAUAAUAAAAAUGAUACUGAUGAAACAAGUUUUGUUAGUCCUAACAAAGAAAAAUUAAAUAGCAUAACUGAUAAAUAUCCUCACACCAAUGCGAAUACCUCAACUAAUGGGGUAGUGAGUGCUUCUCGAACAGAUAUACCGACAUUAAAAAAUGAAGAAAAAAAUACUGAUGAAACUAGUUUUGUUAGUCCUGACAUAGAAAAAAUAAUUACCACAACUGAUAAAUAUCCUCACACCAAUGCGAAUGCCUCAAUUAAUGGAGUAGUGAGUGCUUCUCGAACAGAUAUACCGACAUUUAAAGAUAAUAAAAAUAAUACUGAUGAAACAAGUUUUGUUAGUUCUGACAUAGAACAAUUAGUUACCACAACUGAUGAAUAUCCUCACACCAAUGCGAAUAGCUCAACUAAUACCCCAUUAGUAACCGCUUCAAGAACAGAUAUACCGACAUUAAAAGAUAAUAUCACUUAUACUGAAGAAUCCAAAACUGGAAAUAAUUAUAACACUGGCAAUAAAUUUAACACCACAAAAAAAAUUGGUCAGUCGUAUGUUAAUGAACUAAACCAAACUAUAGAUAAGUUUAUCGGGCUAGCAGAGUUGACUAAUUCACUGCCAAACUCGACAGUCAGUAUUAGAAGAAUCUAUAAUAUAAAUCUGGAUCCUGACAAUUCAUCAUAUAUUUAUCAAUCACAAAAUCUUGAUUUACAGAAGAAAAUAUUUAAAACGGUUCCUAUAUCAAGAAACGUUAAUCAUCUGACAACCGAUACACUUAGCACAUCUGAAAAAGUUGUUUCAAUUAGCUCUAAAUAUAAUGCUACCGAUAUUGUUGAUAAUCAAACUGCAAUUAUUGGACUUACUUUAAACCCAAAUACCACAGCCACAAAUUACAGCGUAGAACCUGAAACUGAAACUGAAAAAUUAAGAACAGAUUACGCAUAUAGCCCUAUACUUAAGUCAGUUACAGCCAAUUCGAUAGGAAUAACUACAAGGAAUAUGACUUCGAACACUUCUGGUAAAGAUCUUCCGAAAUUAAAAGAGACCGAUACUUCUACUAAAGCAUUAAUAAUUAUAAAUGAACUUUAUAAUAGCAACAAACGUAAUACAACUAAUAAAAUAGAUCAGAAUAAUAUUAAUAGUUUAAACCGAACUUUAGAUAAUUUCAUCAUAAAGUCGGAUUCAACAACAUCACAGGAUCUUUUUAAUGUAUCAGGCAAACUGGAAUUACAGCAAAAGGUGCAUAAUCCAGAUCUUAUUCCAGUGACAGAUAGUGAAAUGAUAUUUGAUGCACUUACCACAACUGAACCAGGGUUAGUAACAAGCCCUAAAUAUAAUGGUAACGACAACGUUGAUUACGUCAUUGUAUCUGAGGCCGUGGUAAGGAAUUCACUACCUGUGAAAACCAAUAGCACAGUUUCGAACUAUAUAGUAAAGUCUGUUUCUGAAGUAUUAAAAAAUGAUGACGAACAUAAAGAUGUAUUAAAGCCAGUUACUGCGAGUCCCGCGGAAAAAAGUACAGCAUAUUCUAUUUUGAGUUUUAAUUCAGGAACAACAAAUUCAAACCUAAUAUUUGCUGAAGUUACGAAUAUUAAUCGUACUUUUUAUUCCUCUGAUAAACAUGAAACACUACAAGAUGUCGUCACUACCAAUCUAUCAAUUAAGCCUGUAAAACAAUCGGUUUUAGAAAGUCUUUCUACAAAUGAUUCAAAUAGUACAAUGCAGGAUUCAAAUGGAUUAACAUUCAAAAUGAAGAAACCUCAUACAUUAGUAAACGAUGUUAACAAAAUAGGGUUUAGAAGUAAUAUAGAAAUAAAAAGCAAAGAAAAUGUUACAAUUUUGAAUGAAGGAAAAAUUAAAGUUGGUAUUAAUAAAACUAAAGAAGACUAUUUUCCAACAAAGGGUAAUAUAGACCAAAUGAUUAUUCAUAACAUGAAGCCUACUGCGUUUCAAACAACUUUACUUAAUAACAAUCAAACAUCAGCAACAGAAUCACCAAUCACAAGCAUGGACGAGCAAAUAAUUUCUACUGGCGACAAUUACACACAUAACUUAAAUUUGUUUGUUGAGACUAAAGUUCAAAGUGUUCCACUACAAGAAUCAAUAUCAUACUAUACACAAACAAUUGAAAAACCAAAAACAAUUGCUUCACCAUUGGUAAAUCAUUUGACUACCUUUGACGAAAUUUCUUUGGGCAUAGAACCUACUACAACUAUUGACUUUAUACAACAGCAAUCAAACCAUACGGUCACGAUACAUAAUGUAUCGAUAGAUUUAGAGGUAGAAUCUAGUUCAUCACUUCCUACAAUAAAAUCGAUUAAUAUUAAUGUAACAAACAAAGCUACACAAAAUACAACACCUGUACUACAAUCUGAAGCUGUAACAUAUACUGCUGAUAACAGCAAUCAUCAAGAUACCAUUUUUGGGAAAGGAAGUAAUAUUUCUAGUGCUACUGCAGAAAUAAAUAAAACUCUAAAAACAGUAGAAAGCAAUGAUACCCAUUACCAGUCAGUACCAGUCAGUAAUGAAUACCCAUUACCUACACCUAAUAAUACUGCUGCUUCAGAACAGGUUAGCAAUUUAAGGAAAUUACUAAAUAGUGUUAAUCUGACACUUCUCAUAGGACAAAAAGACGAUGUAACUUUGUUACCAUUAGAAAGUAUGACUGAAAAUGUAGAAGUACAUAAACAAAAUAUCACAAAUAUUAUGGAAACGACUACGGAACUAGAUGGCACGAGACGAUACCCACUAAUAACUGAAAGUGUAACAGAGAGUAUUUAUUCAGCAAAUAUGAGCGCAACAACUCCAUCUAGGAAUGACAUAGUAGUAAGCACUCAACCUGUGAUGGAAUAUACAAAAGACGAGAGUACUUUAAACGAAAAAGAAGGCAAUACAAUCACUCCAAAAAGUGAACUUUAUGCAGGAUUACUUAAUAGCUCUGCAAACUCAUUGUUUCAUGCUUUAAGUAAAACGAAUGAAUCAAAUCGCGCACCGACAACAUUAGUAACGGAUGUGAGCCAAGAUAUUCAUUUGUCACUUAAUAAUGAAGGUAAAACAAAGAACAACAUUACUACAGCUACUGUUAUAGAUAUUAUAGAAUUAGACACAGGCUUUGGUGAAAGUAAAUUGCUGACAUCAAAUGCUACGACCAAAAAGCCGCCAACACCAGAUGUAACUCAAAGUACUCAGGAAGCAAUCACUCAUGAGUUAGAUAGUAUAUCAGCUUUGCGCCCACCAGUGGUAUUAACAGACAAAAAGCAGCCAAAUAUUGUGGUAAAUUACAUUUUGUCCAGUACUAUGGGAUCAAUUGGUCAGUACAAUAAGGACGAAUUGGUUAAGGUUGCGAAGCAAACUGUAAACUCAAAUUUAGCAAAUAGUACUGAGCAAAUAGUGAUUAAUGAUUUAGAUAGUAUAUCGACAGUACCGACGCCAAAUGAAAAAGGUCCGGUUAAAAAGCAACCAAGUAUUUUAGUAAACCGAAGUUUGCUGAGUACUAUGGCAUCAAUUAGUCAGCCUGAUUCGGACGAUUCAGGUAAAGAUAAAACGCGUAUAGAGAACUCCGACGUAACACAAAAUACUAGGAUCUUUUUGGCUAUUGAUUCAGACCGUACAGCUACAUUAUCAUCAUCACAUGAAUCUACUGCCAAGAAGGAACCAAAUAUUACAGUAAAACGAAUUUUACUCAGUAAUAUGACAGCAAUUACUCAACCUAAUAUAGACAAUUUAGGUAAUCUUGAAACGCCAAUUGGGAACCUAAAUAUAUCGGAAAGUACUCGGCAAACAGUUGCUAAUAAUUUAGAUAGUACAUCGCUGUUAUUGACGCCAAGUGAGUAUAUGACUCAAAAGAAGUCAAAUACUACAGUAAAUGGAAUUUUGCCCAGUACUAGUCUGCUUAAUACAGACGGAUUAGAUAAAGUUCGAAUACAAGUUGAGAGCUCCAAUAUAACACAAACUACUCGGCAAACAGUUGAUAGUAAUUUUCACAGUACAUCGAUAUUGCUACCGUCAAAGGAAUCUUUUGCUGAAAAGCAGCAAAAUAAAUCAGUAAAUGUAAUUGCGCUAAAUACUUUGGCACCAAUUAGUAAGAAUAAUACUGACGACAUAGUUAAAUUUGGAACGCAAAUUGUGAGCUCAAAAGUAACACGAAAUACUCAGCAAAUAAUUGGUAAUGAUUUCGGCAAAGCAAGUUUUAAUGUUGUAACAGAACCAGCUGCAGUGGUAGAAACUAUUAAUGAUCCUCACAACAUUGUCGGACGACCUAUUCUCAGUGAUAUGAUUUUGAGCGACAUUAUAUGUAUGAAUGAAACAACUAAUUUAAAGAGUUCAAAUCAAUUAAAUAUCGGAAUGCCAAAUAAAAUAACAGAGAAAGCCACUCUUUAUGAGAAAUUACAAAAUACUACUGUACCUCGUAAUGCAUCUAAUGAUUUAAACAAGAGAGAAGAUUUAAAUGUUGAAUUAGUAAAGGGCACUUUCAUAGACAGACAAAUAAAUAUUGAACUAUCAGGAAGCACAAAAGAUAAUGAAACAAGCGAAGAAAAAUAUGAAUCAUUAACAGCUUACAACAAAAUUGCUACUCUAGUAGAUGUGACAUCGCCAAGUUCUCCUGUUAAUAAUAAAUCUGUAAACAACGCAGGAUAUUCUCGUAGUGCAAUGGAUUUAGGACGUCCGGGAUAUAUGUCAAAUAUUUUUUCUGAUCUGACACAAAAUAGCACCUUGCUAAAUAAAAUGGAAUACAUUUACAAUUCCACAAACAACACAGAAGCUAAAGUAAAAAAAUUAACAGGGGACAACAUUCUUUCUUAUCAAAACAUUAAACAACUUUAUGGCUCUGCAGUAUCCCAAAAUAGUAAUAUAAAUAUCAGUUAUACAUCGACUAAUCAAAUGAGCAAUAAAUCAAAGUUGAUCACUGUGAUGCAUCUUCUAGCAUCUGCUAAUGCUAAUAAUCCUCCAACAACUAUAAAUUCCAACAAAGAAAAAAACCCUACAUUUACUGUGGAUUGCCUAAAACUACCACGAGGUAAAUACGCCGAUAAUAAAGAUUGUCGCAAGUUUUACAUUUGCAUAGGUAAAGUCCAACCCAUUGUAGGCACAUGUCCUAAUAAUACAGUAUUCAGCGAAAUCAAUAAGCAUUGUACAAAAAAUCUAUCACAUUGUGUGAGGAACAAUCAGUUUCACUGUUUGUAUGAAGGACGAUUCAGUGACUUCUUGAGAGAUAACAUAUAUUAUAUCUGUGUUAAAAAUAACUUAAAUGGUUUCCUUAGAUACAAAUUACAAUGUCAGAAUGGAUUUCAUCUAAAUAAGGCCAUAGCGAAAUGUGAAAAAAAUGACAUAUGGAACCAAUCAGACACUUCUGUAAGUAAUUCUAGUAAUGUCAGUAAUGAUCGAAAUAGAUCUGUAUCAAAUUCUGAAACAAGUGAAAGCCCUGAAUACGGUGAAUUUGAUUGUAAAAAAGAGGGAAAGUUGCCGUAUCCAAAGAAUUUUAGAAAAUAUUACGUAUGUACAAAAAAUAGUAAAAAUGAAUAUCGCCGAAUGGUUAAAAGUUGUUCUUCAGAGGAGAUUUACGACAAGAAAAAGAAAAAGUGUGUAUCUUCUGAUAGCAAUGAAAGCUAA